AGUAACUAAAGAAAAAAGAGAGAACAAGUCCUAAAAAAAAUAAUAAAUAGAGAGAGAGAAAACCUUCUACAGAUUAUAAAUAGCUGCAACCACUUUGAUCUUGACUCAUACAGGUCCCUUGUAGCCACUUGUUCUGUCUUGAAAAUCCAUUUUGCUUCAUUUCAUUCCUCACAUUUAUUUUUCUUCCAUGGAGAACUUGUUGGGUCUGCUGAGAAUUCAUGUUGAAAAAGGUGUCAAUCUUGCCAUCAGGGAUGUGGUGAGCAGUGACCCUUAUGUUGUCAUCAAAAUGGGCAAGCAGAAGCUGAAGACUCGGGUAGUCAAUAAGAAUCUAAAUCCUGAAUGGAAUGAUGACUUGACCUUGUCUAUCUCUGACCCUCAUGCUCCAAUUCAUCUACAUGUGUAUGACAAGGACACAUUUAGCAUGGAUGACAAAAUGGGGGAUGCAGAGUUUUUCAUAGGUCCAUUUAUUGAAGCAGUGAAGAUGCGCUUAUCAAGUCUCCCCAACAAUACUAUAGUUACAAAAGUGCUACCUAGCAGACAAAACAGUUUAGCUGAAGAGAGUCACAUUGUGUGGAAGGAUGGCAAAGUUGUCCAAAACAUGGUUCUUAGACUAAGAAAUGUUGAGACUGGGGAAGUGGAGCUCCAGUUGCAUUGGAUUGACAUUCCUGGUUCAAGGCAUCUCUAGAUCACAGUCCAAAGCAUGGUUCUUACUUCUUAGACUUGCCAUAUUGUGAAAAUUAGAUUUGCAGCUUCAUAAACCAGCAGGCAGCAGCACCUUAUGCUUUAAUUUCUCCUAUCCUUUUAUCUCUUUCGCACAACAUAAAAACUGUUUAAUACGUUGGUAUUGCAAUUACUAGUAGUUACCGAAAAAGAAUGGGAGAUGUAGUUUCCCUAGCUGUAAUUUAGACUUUGAAUUAUCUGCUAGUCUUGUGUAAUAAUGUACAAGAAAUGUAACAGAAAGAUGUUGCACUUAAUUAGAACAUCCUUAGUUAACAUGUUAA